AUGGCAUCCCUGACGUCUUGGUUCACGUCGUGGCUUGGACGGCCCAUUCAAGCUGCGGCGGACCCAUUGGAGCAAGCUAUCCUGCCAAAGCGUGAGGCAAAUCUUGAGUUCUUGGACGAUUCACAUCCCAAGUACAAGACAGAGAAGCCAUACUACUCCAACGUACCAUUCACCAAGACGGAUGCUCCAAACACCAACGUCGUCUCCAAGCAAUGUUGCGUUCCCCUCCACAAUAUUAGGGGCUAUGAGGCCCUUUUCAACCUCGAUGUCCAUGGGUUCCAGCUGAUCAAGAAUCCUUCGACUUUUGACCAGUGGCAGGAUGGCCACAAGGUCGUACAAGAUGUUUACCCCGAGAUCACAGAGCUCCUUAAGAGCCAGCUUGGAGGAGAUGUGAGAGUAAUUGUGUUUGAUCACACUGUUGGUGCCCUGAUGACAACGAAUGAAGCUGAACCGCUAACUCAUUUCCAGCUCCGUAGAAGCAACAUUUUGGACGGAAGCACAGAUGCACCUCAGGGCGAGAACUUCGCUCCUCCAAGCCGAGUGGCUCAUGUUGAUCAGACUCAUAAAGCGACCAUCGGGCAAAUCAAACUCGAUUUCAAGGCCGAGGCUGAGAGAGUUCUGGAGAACCGGUUUCGAAUCAUCAAUGUAUGGCGUCCGAUCCGGGGCCCGGUAAAGCAGCAUCCCUUUGUUCUUUGCGACUACAGAACGGCCAAGUCUGACUUUAUCCCGUGCGAUCUGGUUUAUCCCCACACCGUCACCGAGAUCAUGGUUUUUAGAAACACGGCUUCCCAAAAGUGGUAUUUCAUUGACCAACAAACACCAGACGAGGCUUGGAUCUUCAAAAUCAUGGACUCGCAGAGCCUCAAUGAUCCUGACGUGGCAGAAUUCUCUCCACACACGUCCUUCUUUGACGAGAACGAGGCUCUCGCCGGUUGUGUGAGGGAGAGUGUGGAAUUCCGUGCCUACGUUUUCGGGUGA